AUGGAGCCCAUUGGCCACGGAGACAGUCUCGACUGGCUGGCGACGUGGUCAGGAGCCUGUGGCAUCUUCUGCCCCAGUCAGGGCGUAUGUCCAGAUGCACUGUCCUCUCUACGAAGCUGUGUGGAGCGCUGCGCAGCGCAGCGUGCUGGCGAGCGCUUGGGAGAACUGAAACUCAACUUUGGGGAGGAGCAGCCUGCAGGGGCCGGGGACGAAGAAGUUGACGCAGAGGACAGUCGCCGGGCGGAGGAGCUCGCGGAGACACGUAGCCAAUGCCAAGCAGUCGUCGCCCGCUUCGACGAGCAGGUGGGCGAAGCUUUGGACGACAUUGCUCACAUUGCCGUGAACGGGGAGAUUCCAGGCGCUGUGUCCAUGGCUGUGCUGGAAGGCUUUGAGCGAGUCCUCGUUUCCACGAAACUGGUGCUGCCUUCAGUCAACCCCCUGUGGCCUGCAGGAGACGGAAAGGCCGCCAUGAAUCAAGAAAUUCAAAAAUUACGGAAUUUCAUUGCAGGGCAGUUCUCGCAGCAGGCCGAGCUGCUGCAGAGCUUGAGCCGUCAGGUGGAGCGCGGCGGCAAGUUCGUGCAAGUGUCCAGCAAGGCAGAAGUUCACCCUCCGAACGGAGUGGCACCGACACCGCCACUCAGUCCUUUGUCACUGCCGAAGCGCCUCGAGGAUGAGCCAAAGAGUGAGGGGCAAGAGCAGCUCUUCGCAUCCGAUACAUCUCGCGAAGCCACAGAGCAUGUUCUCUCCAAUGACACACAGAAGUCGAAAGAUCGAAGGCAAAGCCUUGGAAGUGAUGGCUUGCAAAGCCUGACUAUGGACAGUGACAAGCUGGAUCUGGCCUCCGAUGCCGAGGCACGGCAACAGCGCAAAAUGUAUGCAGCAGCAGCGGCCGCGACGGGCCAGCUUGCGACAGAAGAUGACGAUCAGCAAAAACGCGAGAUCAACUGGAGGGAUCCGAAGGAUGUGGCCAAGUACCUGACGCGACAUAGCGUGUUCAUCUACGGGAUCAUGGGUGUUAUCCUCUUCAACCUGAUCUCACUAGGAAUAGAAGUUGACAUUGCGGCGCGGGAUGGGUCGGACAAGGUCCCUAUUUGGUUCGACUACAUGAACAUGUUUGUGGUCUUCAUCUUUGUGGUAGAGCUCUCCGUGAAUUUUGUUGCCAAUGGCCCGUGGGGUUUCUGCUGUGGGGCCGACAGAUUAUGGAAUUUUUUCGACCUCGUCAUUGUGGCACUGUCAGUAGUUGAGACUGUGGUCAGCUUCAUGGCAAAUGCUGCCCCGCAAUCUCAGGUUAGUCCCAGCCAUUUGCGCUUUAUGCGGCCGAUCCGCUUGGCCCGCGCUUUGCGUGGGGUUCGGGUCAUGCGGCUGUUCCGUUACGUCGGCGCUCUGAGGACGCUCUUGCUGUCCAUCAUGAGCAGCAUCGCUUCGCUCUUUUGGACCAUUGUGUUGCUCGUGCUUCUGUUCUACAGCUUUGGAGUGCUCGUCACGCAGCUUGUGUCUGAUCAUUGCGAGUUUCAGCCGCCACCUGUGGACGGAACGGCCUCCUCCUUUGCUUGCCGAGCGCGGGGUGACGAGUUGUCUCCGUACUUCUACACAGGACCAAGCCGAUACUGGUCAAGCGUAGGCGAAGCCAUGCUGACCCUCUUCAUGGCCAUCUCGGGUGGAAUCGAUUGGGAUGAUGGCUUGACACCACUUCGGGACAUUCCCAUUGCAAUGGUGGCCCUUAAUCUCUACAUCGUCAUCACAGUGUUUACGGUCGUCAACGUCGUGACCGGUGUCUUCUGCAACACAGCUAUCGAAAGUGCCGCAGCAGACAAAGACAUCGCUGUGAUGAAGCAGAUGCGUAAACAAGCAGCGCAGGUCCAAGUUCUCAGGCACGUGUUCCAGGAAAUAAACAGCCACCACACGGAUACCAUCAGCAUGCAGGAUCUCCAGGACGCAAUGGGUGCCGACAAGCUUUCCAGCUUCUUCGAAUCCAUGGGCAUCUCUACAGCUGACGUCUGGACGCUCUUCAAGGUGAUCGAUACAGAUGGAAGUGGCGCAAUCGACAUGGAGGAGUUCGAGAGGCCCAGCUCGGCGUCUUUGCGCGCAGCUACGCGUGCAGCACUUGCUGUGGAAACCCUGCGGACCUUGAGCGAUCUGGAGUCGGCAAAAACAUCCAGCCGGGUAGGCGAAGCCCUCCGUGCCGCCUCCACCGGCGAGAUCAAGCUAGCAAAGAAGGCUGAAGCGAUCAUCGGAUUCCUCAACACCCGAAGCGAGGAAGUAAAUUGUGCCUGGGCCAGGCUUGCGAGCGUGAGCGGAGCGAGCCGUUCGAGCGGGCGCAGCAUCAGCUCCCUCGGCCACUUCUGGAAGCUGGCAGACGACGAAGUAGGCCCGGCAUGUGGCUGGGGAAGUGCAGCUUUUGCAGCAAAGGCCGGGGAAAGCUCCGAGGCGAAGUCCGUGUCGGUGCCCAUCCAGACCUCUCCCUUCGUUUUCGAGCGUCUCGCGGCUUCUUCGAAGCAGAUCUUCGAGCUUUCCGGCGCGCAAGGUCCUGCAGCUGUCGCCACCGCGGCAGCCGCCAAGGCCUCGUUGGCGGAGCUCUUCGCAGCAGCCUAUGAAGCAGAGCGCCCGUCCGACCUGGCGCGGCUGAAGCGAUCCGGAAUGUCGCAUCUGCUUCAAUGGCUCUUUGACCUGAGCUUUCUUCGCAUCGCCCUCUCUGCAGCCGCAGCACCUGGUGCCAGCGCCUACGAAUCGCUUCGGGAGCUGCUAACCAAGGUGGAAUCCGUGACAUUCUCUGAUCCAGUGGACCGCUUGUUGUACCAGGACGUUCUGAAGGCAUCGGUGAGCAACCAUGUCCAGGGCACCAAGGUCCUGCUUGCACCUUUCUUUCUCCACAAUCCGCUCUACGGGUAUCUCUCCCAAAGUGGCUCUGGGACAGUACGCUCGAACAGCAAACCGGCGCUAGGCAACGAGAACGAAGGCUUCGAACUGCAGACGACAUUCGCCGCCCCGCUGCGGCCCGUUCUGCCACGCUUUCCGCUGCUUCCAGUGGCCAUGAAUGUCACAACGACAUCCGAUCUGGAGAGGCUGCGCCUGGAUCCCCCGGCGCGAAAGGCUGAGCCGAAGGCUGCAUCCUCGUUGAUGCAGCAGGCAGGUGGCCUUGUCGGCAGCGGCUUGGGCACUCUGAAAUUUGGAGCGGCCCUUUUCACAGGGAAGCCUGGUGCACCGUGCCUCAGCACAUCUACAGCAAGAGACGCAUUCACACAUUGCAUCGCAUUACCAACAGCAGGUCCCGCUGACGUCCGAGGUCUCUUGCAGUGUGUGGCAUCUGUGGCCUUUGGAGCUUCAAGCGGCUUGCAAGAUGCAGGCCAUUUGAGGACACGCUGGCGUGUUGCCCAGCUUUCCUGGGGCCGCUAUGCGAGCUACAUGCCGAUCCACCCGUCGAACGGCAGGUCCAAGCCGGACGUGCUGCGAAUUGCCGAGUGGUCCCGAGGUUCUCGGCGACCAUGGAGGAUCCAAAGUCGAUCUUCGACAAGCGACCGCACAGGUUUGCCUUUGCCUUUUGACUGCAAAAGCACCGUGCGGGAACCGCUGCUCAUCGUUUUAUCUAUUACUUCACCGUACUCCGACUCGCCUGCCAAGAAGCAGAUGCUCAAGGACCUAUGGUCGUGUGCCACCUUGCUGACGGCGCUUGGCCCCUCUCGUGCCACUGCAGAGGUGCGGCGGCAGAUUGCGCAACAAAAAUGGAAGUGGACAGAACUUGCCCGGUUUGAAGGACGACAGGCAACCUGGUCUCGCAGUGAUGUGCCGGUCACUGGUUGGUCUCUGCUUUGGCGAAGUGAGGAGCCGACGCUACGCGGGCCGGAGCUGUACUGUCAAUACCAGGACCACUUGCAGCCUGCCUUGACACUGCAUUUCCUUCAUUCUCCUUGCGAAAAGUGCUGCGUGGGCUCCGCGAAAGCCGCCAAAGAGGUCACAACAGGCCGAGCAGGAGAAGAAAUCAAACUUGAGGAGGGCACGUGGCGAUGCGGACAGGAGAAUCCAGCGUGCAUAGCAGACUUCCGGAGGCUACUGUCCUGCCAACAAAUCCGAGAGGAGGACAUGGGCAGCGUGGAUUGGAUGAGCUUGCGCGAGCAAAUGCGCAGAGCUCUGGUGUAUGCGCGAGAAGGUCUUGUUGAAGGCUUUCGUGAUGGCUUGCAUGGGCAGCUGCACAAGAUCGCCUUCGAAGCCCAGUUUGGGGACUUCAUGCUCUUGGACAUGGGGAGGAAGGACUGGGUUCGCAGAUUUCGCGAUCUUUAUUCGCUGCACCUCACCGACAGCAAGAAGGCGCCAAGCUGCCUGCUUGGACAAGUCAGUCUUCAGCUUUUCCUGCUGUUUUUCACUGACGGCCGGAGCCAUGCCAUGUGGUUCCAGGACGGAAAGCACGGCGCUCCUACAGGCAAGCAUGCCAUCCAUGAGAUCGAGACUCUGGAGGAGAUUCCUUUGUGCUUCUCAGAGACUGCGGAGCAGGAUGUUUGGAAUUUGCCGAGCAUCAUCACCAGCCGCCUUCGCCUGCUGAAGGCAGUGCGAUGGACGAACCUCGUGGAGAGUGGCUGGCCUAUUUUCAAGAUCCUCUCUCUGGUGACUUUCCAUGGGUGCCGAAUGAAGCACCGGCAGUGCCGAACCAGGUGCUCGGAGGCCUGGAUAAAUCGGCUCAUGGUCCUCCUCGAGGAUGAGGCUGUGGGCUAA